AUGCUGAGAGCUGGAUUAAGCAGGCUAAGUGGUGUACGCCAAUAUCAUAGCGUCCCAGCUUCGAAAUUCAAUGUCGAUAAAGGAUUGGCUGGAUUCAUGAGCCCAAAGACGCUGCAAAUUGUAUCUCAGCAGUGGCAAGAAGGAUUGUUGAAUAGGCUUAACGAUUUAGUUAGAGACACAGAACUCGAGAAUCUCUCAGUGGUUCAGACGGUGAUCAAUUCGGCAACAAACAGGCAGAAUGUACUGGCAUUCAAUUAUGCAUCCGAGGCACUCAACAACAGCUUCUUCUUAUCAAAUUUGACUCAAACGUCUGAACCACAGGAUCCAAGAGGUUACCUUGUCAGCCAGCUUGAGAAAAGCUUUGGAAGUUUAGAAGGGUUUAAGUCACAGUUUGGUGCUGCUGCUAGUGCGCUCACUGGUUCGGGAUACGUCUGGCUCGUUAGCGAUAGCUCGAGAACACUUGGCAUAGUUACUACUUACGGUGCUGGAACAGUUUUGGUGCGUAGCAGGCAACAACGUGGCUUGUGGAGCAAUUUUAGUCUCGAUAAGGCUGGAAUGAGCAGCAAUAGCACUUUGGAGAAGAGUGGAAAACCACUUAGUUCACCAAGUCACACAACCCAUGCAAGCCCAGCAGCACACGCGCCAUCUCAAUCAAGAGAAUACAGCACUUUGAACCAGGAGACGAGAGCAUUAGCGGAAACGGGUGAUGUGCUCACUCCCCUGCUCUGCUUGAGCGUUUCAGAGAGGUGCUACAUGAAUGACUUUGGCGUAUGGGGAAGAGAAGAAUACAUAAAGGAGUUCUGGAAGGUUGUCGACUGGGCCAAAGUAGAGGAAGCAUACAGCAAAUUGAUUGCAAAAAGAGUGCACGUUUAG